AUGACGGACCAAAGCUCUGUUGAUGGGAUUUUAGAGUUUCUUAAGAGAAAUCGUUUCUCUAAAGCAGAGGAAGCUUUGCGUAAGGAGCUGAAUAACCAUUCUGACUUGAAUGGUUUUCUUCAGAAGCUUACUUUGGAGGAAAAAGAUUCAAGGGCUACUGCUAGUAACGAGCUUCGGAGGUCGGGUUCUCGAGAUAGUGAAGUCUCCAAAGAGCUGAUUGUGAAAGAGAUAGACUGUGGGACUGGCACUAAUGGCUCUGUAAUCAAAUGGGAAAAUGGCGAGAAACCGAGCAAGAAGGAAACCGUUGUAUCGAGUGAGAUGAGCUUUACGUUUUCCAAAAACUUGGGUGACGAUGCUGCUCUUGAUGCGCAUUCGUAUAAAUUUACUUCCUGUAAUGGUAACUUGGAGCCUUAUCGAAACGUUGAUGAUGUUAGUAGUAGCAGCUUGGGGGAUUUAUAUGCAGUGGACCAUUCGAGGCAGGGUGAUAUCGAUAAGAAGAUAGUUGAAACUGGUGAGGAUAUUGUAUUCUUUGGGAAUAAGAGUACUUCAUGGUCUGGAAAUACCAGUAAAGGGAACUCCGGAUCCAAAAAAAGUGAAACAAAUGAGAUUGAUCGGCUAGUUCAGAAUUUUGGAAAGCCUGAAAGCUAUAGGGGUAGCACACGCGUAAGAACUGAGGAUGUCGUAGAUGCAACCUCAGAGAACUGGAAAGAGUGUUCGGUUAACACUCUCUUUCAAUCUUCAAGAGGGGAUGCGUCAACCAGUUACAAUAUGGUUACCAACUCUGACAAAAGAGAAGGAAAGAAAAAGGCUGACACUGGUGAUGUGAGGGAAGCGAUCAAGAAGCAAGAGAGCGAGGUGGCAAGAGCUUUAUUCUUUGGUAAAACUCAAUCUACUUUUGAUGAUAAGAGUAUAAGCAGCUUAGGUUUUCCACUUGUCUAUGAUACUCGGAAGGAAGAGUUUCCUAGGCUGCCUCCGGUUAAGCUCAAGUCUGAAGACAAUCCUCUGAGUCUUUACUGUGAGGAAAAGUUCGAGCGUGAUGGUUCAGGGCCUAGGCUAAUCAAUGACGAGGAGGCCCUUCUCAUAGGUUCAUACCUUGAUGUUCCCAUUGGACAAGAAAUCAGCUCAUCAGGUGGGAAAAAAUCUGCUGGGGGAAACUGGCUUUCAGUAAGUCAGGGAAUAGCAGAGGACGCAUCAGAUCUCGUUUCUGGUUUUGCUACCAUCGGUGAUGGUUUGAGUGAAUCUGUUGACUACCGUAAUGAAUACUGGGACUCUGACGAGUAUGAGGAUGACGACGACAUUGGUUAUGUCAGACAACCUAUUGAGGAUGAAACGUGGUUUCUUGCCCAUGAAAUUGAUUAUCCAAGUGAUCAUGAGAAAGGAACUACCCGCGAAAGUCCUGACCAUAAUGGAAGAGAUGCAAACAAAGACGAGGAUGAUCAGUCUUAUGCGGAGGAGGCUUCUUAUUUAUCUGGCGAACAGUAUCUGCAAGGAAAAGAUGCUGAACCUAUAUCUUCAGAAAAUGACCGAAGACUUACGGUCUUAGAAAUGUAUCCAGCUAGCAAGAAAAAUGAUUUAAUAGCCCAAUAUGAUGGGCAAUUGAUGGAUGAGGAAGUGCUCAAUUCAAUGCGUGAUGAGCCUGUUUGGCAGGGCUUUGUAGCUCAGACAAACGAACUAUUCAUGUUGGGUGAUAAGAAAGGCAUAAAUGCCCGUCGAAAAUCUCAUCUUGAUGAUGUUUGCCUUGAAGAUGACCAGCAUGAUUCAGUCAGAUCAAUUGGUGUGGGUAUACAUAGUGAUGCAGCUGAUUUUGGCAGUGAAGUACGUGAAAGUUUGGCGGGAGGGAGCAGUGAGGGGGAUUUCGAAUACUCACGUGAUCAUGAUGCUGUAGCAUCCAGGAUUAAACAGCUUCACGCUGAGUCAGAUAAGAAACAUAUUGAUGGAUCAACCAAGAAUAAACAGAAAGCAAGUAAAUACGAUGGUUCAGACUACAUUGUAGAUAAUGAUGCCGGCAGAAGUUUUCAUGUGAAGACUCAAACGGAUGGAGGUUUUUCGUUUGGCUCGUCUCAAAAAGAUGGGCAGUUGAUGAACGCUGAAUCUAGUAAAUCAUUAUGGUCAGGCAAUCACAAAACGGUAAUCAGAGAUGGGAACGCUGAACGUUUGAGCGCUUCAACAGCUACUGAUGAUAUGGUUGCAACUUGGAGACGGAAAAGUAGCGAAUCGUCAAGUCCUCAAAGUUCUGUGAAAGAAAAUAAUGCAACAUCCAUAAAAUCUGUUGACUCAUCUCCCUCUUCACUAUCAAAUUAUGCUUGCAAAGAAAGAGAGCACGCUGAUAAAGAAGAUGAUGGAAAUGAUAGCAGUGAACGAGAGGAUGACCAUGCGGCAGCCCUUGAUGAUGAAGAGGCAGUGGCAGUCCAAGAGCAAGUAAGACAAAUUAAGGCCCAAGAAGAGGAGUUUGAAACCUUUGACCUCAAAAUCGUGCAUAGAAAAAACAGAACUGGUUUCGAAGAGGAAAAGAACUUUCACGUGGUAUUAAAUUCGGUCAUUGCUGGGCGUUACCAUGUCACUGAGUACCUUGGAUCAGCAGCCUUCAGUAAAGCCAUACAAGCGCAUGAUUUACAGACAGGAAUGGACGUAUGUAUAAAAAUUAUAAAGAACAACAAAGACUUCUUUGACCAGAGUCUUGAUGAGAUAAAACUUUUGAAGUAUGUCAACAAGCAUGAUCCUGCCGACAAAUACCAUCUUCUACGGCUGUAUGAUUACUUUUAUUACCGGGAGCAUUUGCUAAUUGUAUGUGAACUUCUUAAGGCCAAUCUGUACGAAUUCCACAAAUUCAACAGAGAAUCAGGUGGUGAAGUUUAUUUCACAAUGCCAAGAUUGCAGUCAAUCACUAUCCAGUGUCUGGAAGCACUUCAGUUUCUACAUGGUCUUGGACUUAUACACUGCGAUUUGAAGCCUGAGAACAUAUUGGUGAAAAGCUACAGCAGAUGUGAAAUAAAAGUCAUCGACCUAGGAAGUAGCUGUUUCGAGACAGAUCACCUAUGCUCCUAUGUCCAAUCGAGGUCAUACCGAGCACCAGAAGUCAUUUUGGGACUUCCUUACGAUAAAAAGAUAGACGUGUGGUCUCUUGGAUGCAUUUUGGCAGAACUAUGUACAGGCAACGUUCUUUUCCAGAAUGAUUCUCCGGGAAGUUUACUUGCAAGGGUUAUGGGAAUCAUAGGGUCUAUCGAUCAUGAAAUGCUUACCAAAGGACGUGAUUCCCACAAAUACUUCACAAAAAACCGAAUGCUCUACGAGCGGAACCAGGAAAGCAACAGAUUGGAGUACCUAAUACCUAAAAGAACAUCGUUGAGACAUCGGCUUCCGAUGGGAGACCAAGGAUUCACAGAUUUCGUGGCUCAUCUUCUCGAAAUCAACCCGAAGAAGCGUCCUUCUGCAUCAGAGGCUCUUAAGCAUCCUUGGCUUUCAUAUCCUUACGAGCCAAUCUCUGCUUAG